AUGGCGAGGGCCAAUCCUUUGCCAUUCGACCAACCGCCAGCCAACCUGGACACCCCAGACGACCAGGAUGAGGGUCGGACUGGUAACAAUGCCAAUCCUCAAGGAGGUGGCACGGGUAGCUCCUUCUUCAUUCCAGAUCCAGCCGGAACCAGCUCCUCUAGCUCCAGCAGCGAGGAGGGAGUGGACUACAGCAGCGUGGUCGUGGGCGGUAGUGUACCGACCGGAACUGCCCAGCCCGGCAGCGGACCCGUGGUAGGUGCCGGCCAGGCCGCCGGUGGAUCACCUCAAGGCGGAGGGCAAACGGGGAGAGGACAACAAGGAACCGGAACCGGGGGCAACCAGGGCGUAAGCGACCAAAACAGUGGGGAGGCAAAGUCAGGAGGCGGGAUGUUGGUGGCUGGCAAAAUCUCCCAGAUCCAAGCCGAGCCCAAGAGCAACAAGCAUCACUCCAGCGCCGGGACGUCAGCCGGUAUCGCCAUUGGGGUUCUCCUGUUGGUUUCCGUGGCAACCGUUGCUAUCAUCUUCGCCAUUCGUAAGAGGAGGGAUGGUUUCAUGCGAUUCUAUUCUCAGGCCAAUAAUGAGUUAUAAACAUGCAAGGAACAGCCAACAUGUUCACUAAUCACCAAAAUAUAUGCGAACUCUGAAAACACCUGCAGAAAACACCUGAAAACACCUGCAGAACAUUAUAGGGACACGGACUGUGUGGGAUCGACCAUAGUUUCAAUGAUAGCCAACGGCGCUGAGAAAUAUCGCAGUCUGUGAAUUAUACCGACCCAAAAAACAUAAAAUUAAAUAUUAAAAACUAUAACAAAUCUCAAUAUCAGUUUUCGAUCGUAUUUAACCUCUUCUGCUUCAAAUGAAUUGGUUUCCAAAAGACAGUUGCAUUGGUAGAAGCCAACUCCGUUUUGUUGUAAAAUUGUAAAUAAUUGUUGGAGGUAAAUUGUACUUAAAGGCCAUUACAAAAGA